AUGGCAGACACAUUCGAGCGUAGACACAGAGCGUUCGGGAACAGGGCUAGAAGUGGGCAUGAAAACGCCCCAGAAGACGGCCCAUGUACACAAUUACACAGUCAGGAAGAGCCGAUCCGAGUGAACACUUCGUCAGGUACCAUCGAUGUAUCAGAAACGGAUGCGGGGAUUUCCGUGAAACAAAGACUUGAGGAUAGCUUCAGGCAGUCGAAGGCCCGCAAUGAGGAGGCUAGAAAUGGCUCCAAUUCUUUUCUUCCACGGAAGGCUCUCACAGCGAUCUUGACAGAUCAGACCAUACAAACGCUCCUGACUGAUCAGGUCUGUUUGGAUGAUAUCACUGGCGAUAAAGGACGCAUCAAGAUAUUUGCUAUCCUGCUCCUGAUGGGGAAAACUAAACACAUUCGGCGUAUCAUCCAGCAUGGCAUCACAGAUGAUGACUUGCCCUUGGAAUGGGACCGCAUACAUGCUUGCUUCAGUAAGGACGCUGCGCUUGCCAAAGCCUUUCUAUUUUCUCAGUAUGAUGUUCACGUCCCUGUUUGGGACUUUUCUUCGCACGAAAUUCGCGAAAAGACAUACGACUGGAAUCAGAAGCUCCCAUUUCUGAGGAAGGAGUCACUUUCCAGAGGUGGACAAGGUGUAGUCUGGAAGAUCGAAAUCCAUCGCGACCACUAUCAAACGAAGACUCAAUCGAAUCGAUGGGAAUGUCUGCACAAAGGCCCCGAGUUUGCUCUGAAGGAGUUCAUAAAUAAGGCCGACUUCAAAGACGAGUUGGAGGCAUUGAAGCUCUUCAGCCGAGACGAUUCCAAGCAUGCGAAUUUGAUAAAGGCGCUCGCAGCGUACACACACUGCGGAAAGCACUUCCUGAUUUUCCCCUUAGCCGAAGGCAACCUCGAAAAGUUCUGGCAGGACGCCGGCCCGUUGUUGCGGGAUCCCCUAUGGCUGAUUUCACAAUGCCACGGACUCACGGACGGCCUGGAAAAGGUUCACCGGUACAGAUUCAAAGAUUCAUCACGAAAGCACAAAAGGCUCCUGGGCCGGCACGGAGAUAUCAAGCCCGAAAACGUCCUUUGGUUCAAAAAUCAUUCCACAGGCAAGGACCGCCUCGUCCUAUCAGACUUCACACUAAUGCGUUUCCACGCUGAAGGAAGCAACGAAGCCACCACCAUUGGUCGAAUUGGUGGCACUCGGACGUAUCGUGCACCAGAGGUGACCUUCAUGUCCGGCAAACGUGUAAGCCAGAAAUACGAUGUUUGGAGUCUGGGCUGCGUAUUUCUGGUAUUUAUCAGCUGUCAUCUUGUUGGAUACGACGCCACGCGCAAGGAAUAUUUCAGAGGGGAUGAUGGCAGGGAUUACCAAAGUUUUGACACAGUCCGUUUUAUGGAGGAUUUCAUCGAGCUGGGUGCCCGUGAAGACAAAUACUUCCUUUACAAGCCAGGAUUACAAGAGGCAGAAGUCAAGUCAUCUGUAAGACAGUGGUUUGCAUAUCUCCAUGGGCAGCGACAUUGCUCUGAUGCUCUGCACGAGUUCUUGGACAUCAUACAAGAACGCAUGCUCUUGCCGAGACCAGAAACGCGGUCCUCUAUUCAAAGCGUCCGCAAGAGGUUGGCCGGAAUUCUCGACAAAAGCCGGUAUCAGGGCCGUGCCACUGAUUUUUGCCGAGCGGGACGACCGCGGGCUGUCACUCGUUCAAACUCGUUUCCUCCCUUAUGGGAUCAUGACGAGUAUGAGAAACGGCGUUGUUACAAAGACAACGACACGCAGCUUUCAACACGAUCUGAUAUGACUUCAAGCGAGCUUUCUGGUGGAUCUACCGAUUGUUUGGACACAGGACGUCUAGAAGAUGCCGUUGGAUCACGACAUGACUUUGAACAGAUCAAGAAUCUCUUUAAAGACAUAGCAUCUUCUCAAAGUUCAAAUUCAGAACACACUCCUCCCCUGGUGGUUACAACUAGUUCAAUACUACCAAGAGAUGGCGACGUGCUACGGAAUAGUCCAGGACCCCGCAGCGACCAUCACGAGAGCCCUUCAAAAGCAGGCGUGGACGACUUCCGUCAGCAUAUUUCUCUAUCACGCGGUUUUUCACGUGUAGCCGAUCAUUCGGGACAUCUCUCUCCUCCCACCAUCAAUAAGGGUGCUUCUUAUACGGCCCUGAUAAGCAUCAAUGGGGAUCUCAAGUUCCCUCAUCAUUCUGCAGGGAUGGGCCUUGUUGCAACUCCAGAGACCUCCCAAUAUCCCGCUUCAUCGGAUGCGCACAGUCUUUGCACAGCCACAGAGGACCCACGGCCGUCCAUGUCGAGCCGUACCGAUGAAUCGAUAUUGAGGAUGGAGGAAUAUUAUGAGCAAGCACAUCAGUCAGAAGAUCUCCAUUCGGCCGCUAUGAAACGCAUGCCGGACUUGAAUCCAAAGUCACCAGCCACUCUAUCGCUUGGAGACGGCACCCAAGAGCUCGUGGACGGCGCGGAAGGGGCGGAUAGCAGACCUGGUGCGGAACCUACUGAGAAACGCUCCUGGUCGAGAGAUGGAUUAUCGUCGUUGCGGAAGAAUUUGAGGUCAUUGCCGCGAAGAGCAUUAGAACACAUUCGGAGAGGAGGCCGACGGCGCGUAGAGCGCGAAGGGUCGUAG